UAGUCGUUACACACCCCGGAAAUACACAGUCCAGCAUGGCUUUGGAGCAUUUGGAGCACCUGAAGAGUACUACUGGGCAGUUUUAUCAGCAGUUUGAGAAAUUAUCCGACAAAUCCCUCUUCGUUGGUGUUGCUACACGCAUUUCAUGGUGAGACAUUGUUGUCCGUUACUUUUUGAAAGGUUGUGCUGUAACCAAGUGACGGAGCUCUCAUGGUCCAGCGUGUCUGAGGACAGACUCAACAUACUUAGAGCAAAUAAUACAAAAAUAUUUCACCGAAACUGGCCGUGAUGUCGAAGGUGAAGGCAAAGAAAAAGGACGCUCCAGCGAAAACGCAGCAGCCCAAGUCUAAAAAGAAAAACAACAUGAAAAAGAAAAAGCAACAGUGGUUUAAUCAGGCGUUUAAAAAGAAAAAGCCCCCUCGCAUAGACCAAGGGAAAGCACAGCCCCCGAAAGAUGCCCAACAGUACUCUGCCAACUGGAAAAUAUUACAAGAGAUAAUAAAAGCCAGUCAGCCGGAGAAGAAACAGCCUGAGGCGCCAGAAUAUCAGAAUGGUGCUCUGCAAAAAAAGGAGGCUAAAGAAAAUUCUUCUAAAAAUACUUCCAAGAACGAUACAGGUCCCAGGCAGAAACACGCUGCGAAAAAGAUGAAGACGAAGACUGUGUCUAAUAGUGUUGUCCACAAGGAUGCUCGGGUGAAAUUGAAGGUUCCGGCUGAUUCGCAGACAAGACAGUCUACUGCUCCAAAAAGGAAAAGCAACAGUGGGAAGUCAAACAGCGAGCAAGCAGCCAAGAAACAGAAGUCUGUGGUUGAGGAGACGAAACCCACUGAAGAGGACCUUUGGUUUGAUGAUGUGGACCCUGACGACAUUGAGGCGACAAUCGGAGCCGAGGCAGCAGAGAUCAUGAGGAAGAAGCAGGGCAUCCUGAAGGGCAAGGAUACGGAGAGCGCCCUGGUCAAGGAGAAAGCCUUUGAGGGUCUCACCAGAGCUGUGGCCAUUGAUUGUGAGAUGGUGGGAGUGGGUCCAGAUGGAGAAGACAGCAUCUUGGCGCGUGUGUCUCUCGUGAACCAGUUUGGGAAAUGCAUCUAUGACAAAUAUGUAAAACCUACAGAGAAGGUGACGGACUACAGGACAGCCGUCAGUGGCAUCCGGCCAGAGGACAUCAAAGAUGGAGAGGAUGUUAAGACUGUGCAGAGGGAGGUAGCUGAGAUCCUGCAGGGCAGAAUAGUGGUUGGACAUGCCAUACACAAUGACUUAAAGAUUUUACUGUUGGAUCAUCCAAAAAAGAAAAUCCGGGACACUCAGAAGUAUAAACCCUUUAAGAAGACUGUUAAGAGUGGUCGACCCUCGCUGAAACUCCUCUGUAGAGAAAUACUCAACGUGAAGGUCCAGCAGGGUGAACAUUCAUCUGUCCAAGAUGCACAGGCCACCAUGAGGCUGUACACAUUAGCGAAAAAACAGUGGGAAGCAGAGAUUAAAGCCAGUAAGAAAAACAAAGACUCAGACAAGAAGAGGGAGAGAAAGCCAAAGUUGCCUAAGAACAAGAACAAGAAUCCCAUGGGAUUAUGAAUUCAAAACCAAUCUCCAAGAGGACAGGGGGAUCAGAGCAGACUGAAAUGAUCGGAUGUCUGCUUUUGUUUUUGGAAGACAAAAGAAACCACAAGCAGACUUUUGAAAGAAACAGAUGUGGAACUCUUCUGUUGGUUUACAAGUAUGACACUUAUGACCUUAUGAAAGAUCUAUCACACCCGUCCCUGAGAGUGAUGAAAAACAAACCAUUAAGAAUAAAAAAGGAGAUUUUCGUAGCAAUGUGUUUUGGUUUUCUAACAGUUUUUGUCAGCCUGAGCACCUCAUUUCCAGGAAUCGAAGUACUUGACUGUUCUGCCAAGACUUUCGCAAACCCACAACUGUUUUCACCAAGUAUCUCAGGCUGUGAGAUGCCGGAUGUACUUGGCCAGGGAGUAAAACAUCUGUGAGAGCUUGGAGCUUUUAUUUAUUCUGGACCUGUCAUCCAUUUCCGACAUCACAAUUUUUUCCCAAAAUUCUUUUCCCAGCAGCUGGAUGCAAGUGUUGAAAUCUUGCAUGUUACACUUCCUUCACAGAGUGUUCUUUAAAGCACUAUAUCACAUUGUCCAGUGCCACACAAUGCGUUUGUGACGUAUCGUGUUUGCAUUAUGGUUGAAGCAUUUACAAAUGGUUUAGAUCUUUGGUCUCUUGACUUGGUUUGUAAUAACUUGAUUCCUGUUUGCCUUUUAAAAGUUUUAUGUUUUGAAUAAAAUGUAAGAAUUAUUUCUCUUUA